AGAUCGUUUCGGAUUUUCUUGAUACUUGGUACCGGAUUUCUGGCUUUUUGCAGCAUCUUAGGCCUCAGAUAGUUCCUUAAACUUGACGCAGAGAAUCUUAAAGACAUGGAGGACGCAACUGCCGGGACCUCGAGUCAAAAACUAGGGAGGGAAGACUUGGAACAAACGCUGAAAUUUUCGGAUUCGCCAGGGCAAAAAAAUAAAGACGAUAUCCCAACGAAUCAAAAACGCCCGGCUUCGGAUGAAAACGCCAGCACUAGUACGCCGGCUGGCUCUGCCGAGAAGAGCACGGAAGGAGGAGAGAGUUCGGCUAAGAAGCUGGCGCUAGAACGGGUGGGGAGUGUGGAGGAAGGAGAGACGAGGAAAAGCAAGAUGGAACAACUGGAAGAAGAGCGACAGAAAAUGCAGGUUCUGGUUGCCUCCUUCUCAGAAGAGCAGCUGAAUCGUUAUGAGAUGUUCCGAAGAUCAGCUUUUCCCAAAGCUUCUAUCAAGAGGAUAAUGCAGCAGAUGACAGGCACCAGUGUGUCCCAGAAUGUGGUCAUCGCCAUGGCCGGGAUAUCCAAGGUGUUUGUAGGAGAAGUAGUGGAAGAAGCUCUAGAUGUGAUGGAGAAGUCCGGCGACUCUGGGCCGCUCCAACCGAAACACAUCCGAGAAGCCGUCAGAAGACUCAGACUUAAGGACCAAGUACCUUCCACAAAGUUUAAGAAAACCCUGUUCCGUUGAAGUUCUUGUUUCAGUUGAUAUUAUUGUUCAGUUUCAGUUUAAUGUACAGUUUAUUGUGUAGUAUAAUGAAUGUAUG